CUUAACCCUGUCCACUACACUUCCCAUGCAGCUUCGCGGCUAAACAGGAAAUUGUCAUGUCAGCAAACAGGGCUGCGUUUCACCAAAACAUCCCAAAAUCGAAAAUCAUAAUGAGGAGUCACGGAAUGAGGAACUGAGAUAAAAAAUAAAAAAAAACCAACGCUGUCACGAGGCUGUUGGAAAUUUGUAAGUCACAUCAAGGUACUGAACAUUAAGAUGUGCUACUCUUAGAAAAACAGCCUCAUACACCUUGGAUGCUCUUUGUUUAAAAUUAAAGUUGAAUAUCACCAGACUGUUUGAUUCUGAGGUUAUUUUAUAAGGUAGGUUAAAAUAUUUUGCAAUUGGCUAUUAAUGUUGCCUAUGUCUUUGUAAACGCCUCUAUAAUUCAGUGUACAUUUAAUACAUGUGUCAGGUGAAGUUAAUUUCUCAAGAUAAAUAGAUGAAAGAAUAUUCAUGUGCAUUGUCUGUCCCUGCAGCACUCCCAGGAUGAGAGGAAUUGUUGCAUUUUACCUAACCUAUUUGCCAUGCCUGAUAUUGGGGAUCAUCUGUGUGGCAUUGGUAGUUCACUGGAAUUACAGCUAUCGAGGUGGAUUUGCAUGGGACGGCUCAGCCAACCACUUCAACUGGCACCCAGUCUUAAUGGUCACUGGCAUGGUGGUGCUUUAUGGGAAUGCGGUCAUAGUGUAUCGUAUUCCUCUGACUUGGGGUCACAAUAAGCUCCCGUGGAAGCUGUUACAUGCUGGACUUCUGCUCCUUUCUUUCAUUCUGUCUGUUAUCGGGCUUUGUGCCGUGUUCGACUUCCACAAUGCAAACCACAUACCCAACCUUUAUUCCCUCCAUAGCUGGGUGGGAAUUUGUACCACGGCGCUUUUUACUGUACAGUGGGUCAUGGGUUUUACCACGUUCCUCUUACCUUGCACUCCAAUGUCAAUACGUUCUUUUAUAAAGCCAACUCAUGUUUGGAUGGGAGGAAUCAUCUUGGUACUGAGCAUUGUGUCCUGCAUCUCAGGGAUCAACGAAAAACUCUUUUUUGCACUAAAAGGAAACACCAAUGGCACGCUAUCUUAUUCCUCAUUACCACCAGAGGCAAUAACUGCAAAUUCAUUGGGGGUCAUCAUUGUAGCAUUUGGAUUGGUUGUUUUGAAAAUCUUAUCCAAUCAGAUAUGGCAGCGUCCUGAGCCAGGCUAUGAAGAGGGAGUUUACCAGCCGCUGGGGUAUGAUGGAAGCUGAUAUCCUAAAGCUGAAAUAUCUUAAAGCUUAAUGUUUAUCUUUGCUCUUCAACGGAAUCAAAGUCCCCUGAUGUUACAACCGUUAUCAUACAGAGCACUACUGCAAAUCUUCUCUUUAUCAUGUUUUACAUUUGAUUUGAUUGUACUGCUGCUGUUGUUGUAGAACAUAAUGCAAAUGGUCAUAUAUGUAAAAUAAAAAUGCUUAUUAUAUGAAAAGACUUAUGUAAUAAAUGAUUGAAAUCAA